AAAAGUCUGUCGCAUAUCUUCUCUUCUCAGCAUAUUCUGUUUCGUUUCCACUCAUUCUCUCUUUCUCAGGUAAAUCUACCAUGAAUUCUUCUCUGGGUCUUGGCUUAAGGUAUGGCAUAAAGCUCUUUUUUUUCUUGUUCUUUAUUUGUCCACACUUUUAACCGAUUUUAUGCCUAAAAUUUGUUGCCUUUCUUUGUUUCUUUGUUGCCUGUAACAAAAAAUGUUGAUGCUGUGCCUUCAACAACAGCUACACCUAUACAAGGUGAAACGAAUAGUAAUGUUUUACCUUUGAAAAAGAAAAAAAUUUAACCAAAAAGAUGCUAUGGUCAAGCCAAAGCCCAUCAGACAGAUCAUGACCGAUCGGGAGAAGCAUAAAUUGAGCUCAGAAUUAGAGUCUUUGUUGGGAGAAUUGCCUGAAAACAUUGUUGACUUUCUUAAAGAGCAGAGUUCUAGUGAUGGUCAAAUGGGUGAGGAUGAGAUUGAGAUCGAUAUUGAUGCUCUAAGUCAUGAAACAUUGUACAAAUUGCAUAAACUUUUGGAUGACUAUUUGCUGGAGAAGCAGAAAAACCAGGCAAAAGCUGAAUCCUGUGAAAUGGAGCUUCUUAAUGAGUCAGGGCUUAGCAAUUCAUCAAUGCAGCCGUAUAAAGCUAGUACCAAGGGAGCCGUCAUUUUCAGUAGAGCUGAUCAUAGUGUAACAGAGCAAAUGUAUGAAUAUGGAAAGAAUCUUGGCCUAUCAUUCCAAGUUGUUGAUGACAUAUUGGAUUUUACACAAUCAGCAGAGCAGCUAGGGAAACUAGCUAGUAGUGAUCUAGCAAAAGGCAACCUCACAGCACCUGUAAUUUUUGCGCUCGAAAAAGAGCCAAAACUUAGAGAUAUCAUUGAAUCUGAGUUCUGCGAGACUGGUUCCCUUAACGAAGCAAUCGAACUAGUAAAGCAAUGCGGGGGAAUCGAAAGGGCACAAAAGUUGGCAAAAGAGAAAGCUGAUAUUGCAAUCAAGAGUCUCCAAUGUCUUCCUCAAAGCGAUUUCCGGUUAGGGCUUGAAGAUAUGGUGAUGUUUAAUCUAGAAAGGAUUGAUUAGUUUAACUAAUCCAAAACAAGCAGCAUGAUACAUGACAGAUAAACAUGGCAUGAAGUUGAAGCUUGUACCAAUAUAGAACAACUUUCCUAGGAUAUUAAUUGGUUCCUUGUCACUGGUUGUAUAUUCAUACAAGGCUUUGAGCUUUGACUUGAGCUCCUAGUUUCAAUGUCUUCAAAUUAUACAUUUGUCUGAGAAAAAUAAUUUCUCUGUUUAAUUAAAUUGAUGAACAAUAAAAUUUUGUGGUCAUCAAUAUUAAGCUAAUAAACUUCCAUUAUUU